AUGGAUGUGAAGCUGUCUAUAGAUGACCAGGAGAUUUGGAAGCAGAGAAGAGAGAGAUUGGAAGCGUUAGUCGGGGCCGAUCCGAGCUGGCGACAGCACGAUCCUGCACAACCCGACAAGAUUGUGGAUCCCCACCUAUUCUCGGUCGUAAAGAAAGGGGACGUCGACAAGUUCAUCAAAGCCCUGGAGGAUCAUUGUGUCAAGGAAAGAGUGUCGUUGACCGUCCUUCUCGGGCUACGUAGCCCCUCCAAGAGUACACUGCUUCACGCUGCAGCAGAGAGCAGCGAUGAUAUUGUCAAAGCGGUCAUCGAUUUCAUCCCUAAGCAGUUGAUCUCCUGUCAAAACUCCAGAGGAGAGACGCCGCUUCACAUUGCGGCUAGAGCCGGGAAAGCCGGUGCAGUGAAGCUUCUCCUUCCUCGGGGGAACCCAACUUGCACUGACCACAGCGGCAACUCCGCUUUGGACGAAGCAGUGAGGAGUUGCCGUUAUGAGGUGAUCCGUCGGCUGGUGAGUGAAUACCCCAAUAUGCUGUAUCAUCAGAAUAAGGAAAGCAAGUCUCCAUGGUGCCUAGCAGUCGAAACAGGGGACUCGGAGGUUCUCGAUCUCUUGUUGAGAAUGCCAAAUGAUGGCGAAGACCAGAGUAGAUCAGAGAGUCAAAGGGUUUGCGGCAUGUCACCUGUUCAUGUUGCCAUUCUGCACAAGAAAAUGGAUAUGCUGAAGAAGAUGUGGGAAAAGAAGCCGUGGCUAUUUCAAUUGAGAGAUGCGGGAGACGGCACUCCACUCCACUUCGCAGCGUACGACAAUUAUCUCGAUGGAGUCAAGUUCUUGAUCAAGAAGUUUCCAACAAGCGCCCUGGAGCAAGACGGGAUGGGCUAUCUCCCUAUCCAUGUUGCCUGCAUGAGGGAUCGUGUCGGGAUCGUCAAGGAGCUACUUCAGCAUUGGACAGACCCCGCAGAGUUUGCAGCUAGGCUAGGACAAAACAUUCUUCACGUGUCAGCGAGGCACGGAAGCACUGCAACUGUCAAAUACAUACUGGCGAAUCCCAAAUUUGGUCACCUUAUAAAUGCAAGAGAUUUUGACGGGAAUACACCUCUGCAUCUGGCUGUGUUGCACUGCCAACCUUCGGUCCUGUUUCUUGCACGAAACAAAAAAGUUGAUCUUGAGCUGGUCAACAACAAUAACAUGACGGCUCUAGACGAGGUAGAGCAGGACAAUGAAGUAAUUCCUCAACCCCUUGGGAAGAGGUUUACGAAGAUAAUUUUGGUAUCUGCCGGAACACGGAAAAGUGGAGAAUUAGCUAUCUGCAAGACAACCGGCCGGCACCCACGGAAACGACCUGAACUGACGGGAUUGAAGAGAUAUAAGGACAUAGCGGAUUCUUUUGCGGUCGUGCUAGCACUCGUGGCCUCUGUCACUUUCACUUCUGGUUUUUCCGUUCCCGGAGGAUAUAAUGGUUCUGAAGGAGAUGCUGGAAUCCCCAUAUUGCUCCACAAAGCCAUGUACAAUGUCUUUGUGAUUUGCAACUCCAUCGCCAUGUAUAGCUCGAUCACGGCGCUCGCAGUGCUCCUCUGGUACCGAGUUCAUGAUCCUUCCGUGGGGCAAAUUGCCAUUUUCUUGUCAAUUCUCCCAUUGUGGACAACUCUUUUGGCAAUGCCUCUGGCAUUCAUGGCGGGCGUCUACGUGACAGUAUCCAAACUCACUUGGCUUUCUAUUUUUGGCUUGGUCUUGGGAUCCGUCACCCUCCUCAUUAUCUUCGUUAUCUUCAUGUUGUUAAAUAUACCGCUUGGGUACAGACAUCCUCCCAUUCGUUGGUUCACCAGCACACUGCUUCUUUUGGGUCUUUCAAUAUCAGGGGGAGACACCGCAGGGAGUGGGAUUGCGGGACCUGCAGCUACAUCCGUCCAGGGCACUCGUGACGAUAACCUACGCCCCCCACUUGGAUAGAUCAUUUAGCGUUUACGUUCCAGAAAGAUGGCGUCUGAUCCAGCUUUGAACCUAUUAAUCUCUCGCUAAUUAUGUACCGAUGUCCAUACCUUUAGCUCCUUCUUAGUUACAUCAGCUGUUGCUGUUUCGAUUUGACUAGCCUACCUGUUUGCGGUCAAAAUUUGUGGUGUCUGCAAUUUCAGUGAUCCAAAGUACUUUGUAAUAGCUACCCGAUGAUAUCAAUAAAUAAGUGCAAAGUUUGGCAGAAUGGAGUUUUGUAAUUGAAUUGCAUCAUCACAAAGUUCUAUUCCCUUUCGCUUUGCUUAACAUUGUUUAGACACGUACGUUUACAUUAUUUAGAAAAGAAAGUGAAUUGUUUCAUUCAAUUUAAUAUAAUGUUUUCAGGAGAAUAUAUUAGCAUCGGUUUGCCUUAUUAAUUCGGAUGUUAAUGAUGUAUUGGUCAAUUAAUGUAAACUCACCAAUUAAUGAUUUUAUCUGUUUUUCCCUUUUACAUUGUUGACAUAUAAUGUUUCUAGUUAUAAUAAAAUAAGGGUUAAGAGAAUUGUGCAGGGUGAUAUAUGCUCUCUUGUUUUUUUCAAGCUAUCAAUUUACCUAUUAAUUUAUUGAUGUACACCUAUGAUAUAUGAUCUCAUAUACAUUAUAUUAUAUAUUUAUAUAUUUACAUAUAGGAAAGAGGGUUUUGUUCACUAAAUAAGGAUCAUUAAUUAAUUUAUCCCUAUAGCUGUCUUAUGGGUGCGAUUUUUACUUUUAAUUUACUUUUAAUUUACUUUUGUGGACUGAAAAUUGAGUGGUCAAAUCAGUUACGAGAACUAUUCAUUACGUGCUGUGGUCCAAUUAACAUGAUGAUUAUUAGUCUACAUUACUAAAUAGUUUCAGUGAGAUUUCUCAAACUGUUUUGAGGAGAUAUCUUGCAUUUUUUCUGUAUUUGGUUUUUAUACUCCUUUUCAUUCUGAUGCUGAUAGUAUUUUCCAUAAUUCGAGGAACAUCUGCAUUUUUGCCCAUGCUUAGUAGUUUACAACUCUGCGGGUCAAAGACCAUCAUUGAGAGCAGCAAAUGUACAAUCGGCACAAAUUCUUCCUAGCAUUUUCAUGUUCUCUUGAUUUGGUUUUAAGUCCAUUACAUCAUAAAAACCAAUGAAACAAAUAGAUAAACUCAUUACAACAUACUAUAAUGACUUCUAUUACUAAAUUAUAUUGAUACAGGUAGCAGACUAUUAAGCUCCAACAGAGUAGUUCAUCUAUGCCAGUUUAGAAGUGGGAACGUAAAGAUGAUACAGAUGACAUGGCAUAAACAGUGACACUAAGAAACCCUUCAGUAGCCCCAAUCAUCUUGCUACUUUCCUUUGAGUUUCAAAAUGUGAAAAGGAUGAGAGAGAUCACAUUAAGCAAACC